AUGCAAAUCGUUGCCCCACUCGUGAUUCUCGCCAGUCUUGUGUCGAGCGCACUGGCCGAUGCCAAGUGUACCAGGCCGAACGCGCGCACUCAGCCACCGACAGGUGCCAUCGUCGUCGAUGCCACAGGUGCGCAUCCCGGCAGCUUUAAGACUGUCACGGAGGGCGUCGCCCAUCUACCCAACACGACGGCGGAGCACAGCCUCUUCGGGUUCCCGGGUGUCUACGAGGAGCAGGCGAUGGUUCCGAAGCUGAACGGACCGCUGGUGGUGCAGGGAUACACGUGCAACACGGAGUCGUACGCUGAUAACCAAGUGACUAUCACGCACAAAAUGGCGCAGAAGGACGUCCCGACUUCGAUUAAGGUCGAACGCAACUCGGUGACGAGUACGUUGGGCUUCAAAACGGGCUCCGUGAAAAUAUACAACCUUAACGUCGCCAACCCCGAGCCCAAAAUUAAUCAGCUCGGCCAGUCCAUCGCGCUGUUCGUCAACACGACCACAAGCGGCUUCUACGGCUGCAACGUUACUGGCUAUCAAGAUACCAUGUACGCGAAUACCGGCCGUCAGCGUUAUACCAAGUCGUACAUCAGUGGAGCUGUCGAUUUCAUCUUUGGUCAGCUCUCUAAGGUGUGGUUCGAGAACUGUGACAUCGAGUCGAUUGGUAAUGGAGCCAUCACCGCCAACGGCAACCUCAACAGCUCGAACCUGUCCGAAUGUCGUCGACCCGAGGGAUGGCAGUCAUGGAACGGCGACAAUAACACGGCUAACGUGUACUUUAAGGAGUUCAAGAACAGCGGCCCCGCUGCGGCAACCGACAAGCGCGUGUCGUUCAGCGGACAGCUGGAUGCGCCGGUGGCCAUGACGGAAAUCCUGGGCGACGACUACAAGUCUCAGUGGUUUGUCGACUCCAAAUUCCUGUAG